AGUUCAAGUUGCCAUAGCAGAGGAUGUUGAUACCUUACAAUGAUCACCUAAGAUAACCAUCAAAACGCACGGGUAUGGGGAGUUUGACGAACUUUUCGGGGAGUUUGUGAUUCGUUAUUAUACUAUGCAAACGGACAUGGCUUUGUAACAUCUUUGGAAAGAAAGGCUUGCUUUGGUUAUUUUCAGGCAUUGGCGCAUGUCAGCAUGGACUCCUCCAGUGAAUCUGACACCUUUGACAGACCCAGGGGGCAUCGAUCGCGGGUCAGAGGGAGCCGAAUAAGACCUGACAGCAGGUUUCCUAGGGAUACACAUGUAUCAGACAUAUCAGACAAAAUUGACACUUUAGCAAACACUCUACAGGAUACAAGCCGAAAUCUGAACAAAGUGGAUCAGAUGUUGGGACAGUAUAAGGAACACACAGACGACCAAGCUGAAGCCAUGGCGACGCUGAGGGAGAGCUUAGAGGAGUCCAUCCAGCAUCUGCAGGGUCAGCGGCUGAAGAGGAGCAUGGGUGGAUUGAGCGCCUCACUCUCCACACUGCACACCAGUGACCUGGAAGACACCAGCGCCUCAGACAGGAGGCGCUACCUCCCUACGUCCCCUUUGAGAGAUUAUGGGAGUGCGGGCACAGGUAACAGAAGACGGUCUAGAUCUGUCGCAGUGCGUUUCCGAGACUCCACUCAAGCUGAAGAGCAGGUCCACUCAAUGCAUCAGUCCCUAAGAGACCUGCGGAGUGAUCAGCUUCGGAUGGGUGAUGACAUUGAUAGACAUAUCAGCAGAAGAAACAGGACUGACAUAGAAACCAAGAAGACAUUGGAGACUCUUGCAGGCUACAUACAGGCACCGCCGAGAGAAGAAACUGUCUCGUUACGGGUGGAGAGACGUCUACAGGAGAUCGAGGAUGAGAUGCGCUCGGGGCAGCAGGUGCUUUCUGAAAGAUAUCACAGAGAGAAACCAAAAAGCAUGUCUGGAGAACUGCAGGAGGCUUUGAGAAGACAUGACGCCCAAACACCAGAGGCUGAUGAGGCCUUCAGAAACAGACUGCAGAGAUCAGAGAACGAGAGAAGCAAGAUGCAGCAGGAAUUGGAGAGACUCAGAAAGCAGCUGGAUCAAUCAGAAGGAGGACGAGACACCCUUCUCCAGCAGAUGGAUGUCAUGAGUUCUCAGCUUCUGAGGAUGGAGAAGGAGCGUGUAGAUUUGCAGAGGGAGUUGUCUUUACUCUCGUCUCAGCAGAGAAGCGCAAGGAGACUGCAGGACAGAGGGGUGACAAGUCUUGACAGUGGAUGCACAGACCUGGAGAGAGAGGUUGAAGAACUGCGGAUGCAGCUGGGUAGAAUCGGUGUUUCUAGUGAGAUGGAGGAACUGAAAAAAUGUGCAGAACGCAAAGAGAGAGAGAAAACUCAGCUCGCUGUCCAGGUUGAGGCUCUUUCUGCAGAUCUGCAGCGGCGUGAGCAUCAGCAGUUGAAGAUGUUGGCCCAACUGAAGGAGAUCCAGUCUCGUUCAGAGGACAACGGGUCAAAUUGUGCCCGUCUGGAGGCCCAGCUGAUGGAGAGCGAGAAAAGGAGAGAGGAGCUGCGCUCUAAAGCUCAGGAAGCAGUCCGACAGUGGAAGAACAAAUGCAAGAGACGGGAGCGAGAGCUUCAGGAACUAAAGGAGGAGAGCAGAAACAACACUGAUAAAGAUAAAUGGAGCAAAGAGAGAGAAGGUGUUCUUAGCCAGCAGGCAGAAGGUGCCCGCCGACAGCUCGCCGAUGCCCUCGGACGUCUCGCUCAGCGUGAAGAGGACGUACGCCGCUGUGAAGUGGAUCUUUCUGAAGCUCGCUCACGGCUUGUCACUUUAGAUCUCGAGCUCCGAGAGGCUCAGGAAAGCUUGAGAGGCCACGAAGAGGAGGCCCAGAAGCAAAUCUCCUUACAGGUGCGUAUGAGAGAAGAGAACAUCCGGCUGAAGGAGCGUGCGGAGCUCCAGGAGCAGAGGAGAGAGGAGGAGCAGAGAUCUCUGCUGGAUCUCCAGGGCUCAGUUAAGAACCUGAGCGCUGCGAGAGCUGACCUCACUGCCAGACUGGCCGAGGUUGAGAGCUCCAAGAAGGAUCUAGAGAAACAACUCGCUGCGGCUCAGGAAGAGACCUCCUCUUUUGGACGACAGCUCGAACUGGAGAGGCAAGUGCAUCAGAAGGAGCUAAGCCACCUCCGAACAACACAGCAAGAAUACAAAGCAAAACAGGACAGAGACGUACAAGACAUGCUGAGAUUAUACCAGCGAGAGAGAGAUGAACUGGAGGCUCUUGUCAGAGACCUUAAGUCGGAGGCAGUGGCGGAUAGUGAACUAAGGAGAGUUCUGCAGCUGAAGCUGGACAAAAUGAAGGCUGAAUGUGAUAAACUAACAGAGCAGCUGAGCUCCAGCGAGGAGAGUCACGCUCAGCUCCUCCGCAAAUACCACGGCCUCAGAAAAGAGCUGGAUGUGAAGGUGAAUUUAGCAGAGCAGGAGGAGGAGAGGUGGCAGACUGCACAACGCUCCAUGGCGGAGCUACGUGAGAGGGUCACGGGCCUCCAGACAGAGCAGGAGUCCAUCCUCCAUGCCGUAGGGGCUCAAAUUGACUCAGCCUGCCAGUUCUUGUCAAAAGACUCAGCCGCCAAGCUUGAAGCCAUUACCCAGAGCCCAGGACUGCAAAAGGAUUCUCAUCGCUGGCUUGCUGAGGUUAAGACAAAGCUUCAGUGGCUGUGCGAGGAGGUGCGUGAGCGGGAAUCCAGUGAGAGGAGGUUGAGGAGGACACUACAGCAGCACAAGGAGCAGAUGAAAGCACUGAAGCAAAGCAGAGACUCAGAACUGCAGAGCCUCCUGGACCGUAUUGCCCAGCAGGAUCGGCUCCUCAAAGACAUCCAAUCAGAGAAGAGAGGUCUUCUUGAAAAUGGCCGCAAAAAAGAAGAAGAGAUGAGAAAUCUUCAGGACCGGGUUGUAGAUCUUGAAAUGAGCACCAGGCUGGCCUUGGAUCAUCUGGAGUCAGUUCCUGAGAAACUCAGUCUGCUUGAAAACUUCAAGGAUCUCGAGGAGUCACAGAGGCAGAGAGAAAUGGUGGAACAACGUUAUGCCAAAUAUAAGGAGAUAGUUGGGGACCUCCAGCAUCAGCUUGAAGAAUCUAAGAGGAGGAUUCAGGAAUACAGGGGUGAGAAGUUGGAUGCGACCUGUCGGAGUCUCCAGUUCACUGGUCUGACAUCAUCUCUGCUCAGUCAGAACAAUUUCCUGACCAGUUCCUCUCUAUCCACCCAUACCUCACCACAGAAACCUCUUGCCGGUCCAGAUAUGGAAUCCAGUCUGACCCAAGAUUUUUCUACAAUCAAUGGAGCAAACUCUGAACACACAAGCAUGUAGGACUCUCUACAGCUGGAAACUUUUGGCAGUAAUGACAAACUGUUAAUAAAAACUCAUGACUACCUCUGAUCCCACCAGAUCCCACGUUUAGACUUUCACGUUUAUCAGAUUACUUCAGUGUAGAACAUGAAUGCCCUGUACAAACAGUAAUACUAUGUCAUUACACGGUUCCCAUGUAGUACCUGUAUGACUGUUCAGUUACAGCUAAUUGUACUGGUCAUGAAGUGCUUAGCUUGUCUUUGUCUUUGUUUUUAUGUAUCUGUAACUUUGAUGUAACACUGUAUAUUGUCAGAUAUUUUCAUCAGAUGAUUUAGAACAUGGUAAAUCUAUGUGGUAUUAACUAAAGAAAACUAAUUUCUGUGAUUCUACUGUAUUUUAUAUUUUAAAAUAUCUCAUUUUGAAUAAUGUUGUUUUUUAACCUUAACUUAGUAACAUAAAGUGAGGUUUGUUUGUUUUUAUACUAGGCCUAAGUUUUUAUACAUCAAUUUAAGGAAAGCUGUGCUAAAUUACAGUGCCUUGCCUGAUAUGUUUUGUAUUUUAUAUCUUUUUAUGUUGUGGAUGAAUGUUUUUUUUUUUAACUUCAAA